AUGUCAUCCAACCGAGCUAGUUCCAGUAAUACUGAAAGCGAUACUCAGGCAGAAGUUUUGGGGCCAGAGUUAGUUUCUGAUACCGAAGAGAAGGUAAAACUGAUUCGAGACCGGUUGAAGGAAGCAUCUGAUAGGCAAAAGUCUUAUGCAGAUCUUAAACGUCGAGAGAUUGAGUUUUCUAUGGGGGAUUUUGUGUUUCUCAAGAUUCAUGAUGUGUUCCAUGUCUCCAUGUUAAGGCGUUAUCGCUCCAAUACCACACACAUAGUACAAGUUGAGGAGAUUGAGGUUAGGCCAGAUUUGACCUUCGAGGAAGAGCCAGUGCAGAUUUUGGACCGUGAGGUUAAGGUACUGAGGAAGAAGUCUAUUCCUCUAGUUAAAGUGCUUUGGCAUAAUCACAGUUUAGAAGAAGCCACGUGGGAACCCGAAGAGGCGAGGCGAUAA